AUGGGCUCCGUUUCUCGACCAGUUACUGAGUUUUGCCUUGAUCUCUACAAUAAGCUCAACAGAAAUGCAGAGGACACAAACAUCGUCUUCUCUCCAAUGAGCAUCUCUGUUGCCCUGGCCGUGGUCCAUUUAGGUGCAAAAAACAACACUGCUGCUCAGAUAGAAGAAGUUCUCCAUGUCAGGAAAGCUGCAGGAAGAAUGAUCCUUGGAUCUGAUCUUGAGAGCGCAGCCCCAGAAAUGGAGGCAGAACGAAGCCAGCCUUCCCUCUCACAGGUAUCGUUUUAAUUGUUGUGUUUGUAAUAUUCCCAGUGUAACAAGGAUGGCAACCUUAACCAUAAUGCGUUCCAGGCACUGCUUUUACAACUACAAAACCUUGGCGAAAGAUAUGUUUUAAACCUGGCCAACAAUCUCUUUAUACAACAAGGAUUUGAACUGCAGCAGCGAUUUCUAAUGUGCACUAAGGAACUGUAUGGAGCAAUGCUGCAAACAGUGGACUUUCAUGGUGCUGUUGAAGCCGCUAGAAUAAAAAUUAACACUUGGGUUGAAAGUGAGACACAAGGUAAAAUCAAGGAACUCUUUGCUCCUGGUGUAAUCAAUGCACAUGCAUUGCUGGUGCUGGUGAAUGUAAUCUACUUCAAAGCAUCCUGGGAAUACAAGUUUGAGGAACAAAAAACAGCACAGAGAGAUUUUAAACUGAACCAGAAUGAGAAAAAACCUGUGCAGAUGAUGCAUCAGAAAGGCACAUUUAAAUUAGGCUGCAUUGAGGAGAUGGGUGCUCAGGUCCUUGAACUCCCUUACGCUGAGAAGUCACUGAGCAUGAUCAUCCUCCUGCCAGGUGACAUGGAUGAUGGAUCUACCAGUGGGCUAGAGCAGAUUGAAAGCACAAUGACCUAUGAAAAUUUAAUGCUGUGGACCUCUUCAGAGAACAUGUUUGAGACAACAGUGGAGGUACACCUGCCCCGAUUCAAGCUUGAAGACACCUUUAACCUCAACGAUGUAUUACAAGAGAUGGGGAUGACUGACAUUUUCACUGCAUCAAAAGCCGAUCUCUCUGCAAUGUCAUUUGCAAAAUCACUGGUGCUGUCAAAUAUUGUCCAUAAGACGUAUGUGGAAGUCAAUGAGGAAGGCACCGUAGCAGCAGCUGGUACAGGAGCUGUCAUUGUGAGGAGGUCUCUUCCUCUCACAGAGGUGUUUAUGGCUGACCACCCUUUCUUAUUCUUCAUUAGACACAAUCCUACCAAUACCAUUCUUUUCUUUGGCAAACUCUGCUCACCUUAA